AUGGCAGUAGGUCGGUUAUCACAAGCGUUGCUGGUGCUUUUUUGCCAUGUUCUCUACUCCAGCUCUUCCUUCCAGCCAGCUCUGGUGCUGGAUAUGGCGAAAAUUCUACUCGACAACUACUGCUUCCCUGAGAAUCUGGUCGGCAUGCAGGAGGCCAUUCAGCAAGCCAUCAACAGUGGAGAAAUCCUCAAAAUAUCUGACCGAAAGACCUUGGCAUCUGUGCUGACGGUUGGCGUGCAGGGUACACUCAAUGACCCUCGGCUGACUGUGUCCUUCUAGCCAAACUUUGUCCCAGUGAUGCCGCCUGCUCUCCCAUCUCUCCCCACGGAGCAGCUCAUCCGUCUGGUCAGAAACUCUGUGAAGCUGGAGGUCCUUAAGAACAACGUGGGCUACCUGAGGAUCGACCACAUUAUAGGGAAGGAGACCGCCGCCAAGCUUGGCCUGCCACCCUGGGACAACAUCUGGAACAAGGUCACCCACGCCUCCUCAUUAUUCUUUGAUCUGCGCUACAGCACAGCUGGGGAGCUGUCCGGAGUCCCUUUCAUCAUCUCCUACUUCUCCGACCCAGAACCCCGUAUUCACAUUGACACUGUGUUCGAUCGACCCUCUAACACCACUAAGGAGCUGUGGACUAUGUCAUCUAUCAUGGGAGAGAGGUAUGGAAAGCAAAAGGACCUCAUCAUAUUAACCAGUAAGCAUACUUUUGGAGCGGCUGAGGCAAUCGCCUACACUCUGAAGCAUUUGAAUAGGGCUAUCAUUGUUGGAGAGAGGUCAGCUGGGGGGUGUCACGAUCGUUGACACAUGAUGAGGACCAAGGCGCAGCGUGAGAAACAAACAUGACUUUAAUUAGUUAAAGUUUCUAAACAAAACAAAACACGACUCGUGAAGUCCACGGUGACAAUGACCGAACACAGAACAAAAACCCACAAACCCAAAGUGAAACACAGACAGUUAAAUAUGGCUCCCAAUCAGAGACAACCAGCAAACAGCUGACACUCGUUGCCUCUGAUUGGGAGUCACUCAGUCAAACAUAGAAAAUGACGAACUAGAACACCCAACAUAGAAACAGAACACAUAGAAUGAACACACCCUGGCUCAACAUAAUGAGUCCCAGAGCCAGGGUGUGACAGUACCCCCCCCCUAAAGGCGCGGACUGCGACCGCGCCUCAACUAAACAAAACAGGGGAGGGCUGGGCGGGCAUACCUCCUCGGCGGCGGUUCUGGCUCCGGCCUUGACCACCACCCUCCAAUACACCCCCCAUAGUGCCCCUGGUCCAGUCUGUCGACUUGCAUCCCUGGCUUGGUGCGUGGAGGAGGAACGGGCCUUACCAGGCUGACUUCUCGCACCCCUGGCUUAGUGCGAGUGGCAGGAACAGGCCGGACCGGGCUGGCGACGCGCACCGUAGGUUUGGUGCGAGUGGCAGGAACAGGCCGGGUCGGGCUGGCGACGCGCACCGUAGGUUUGGUGCGGGUGGCAGGAACAGGCCGGGUCGGGCUGGCGACGCGCACCGUAGACUUGGUGCGGGUGGCAGGAACAGGCCGGACCGGGCUGGCGACGCGCACCGUAGGUUUAGUGCGUGGAGCAGGGACAGGCCGGGCUGGGCUGUCGACGCACACCGUAGGCUUGGUGCGUGGAGCAGGGACAGGCCGGGCUGGGCUGUCGACGCACACCGUAGGCUUGGUGCGGGUGGCAGGAACAGGCCGGACCGGGCUGGCGACGCGCACCGUAGGUUUAGUGCGUGGAGCAGGGACAGGCCGGGCUGGGCUGUCGACGCACACCGUAGGCUUGGUGCGUGGAGCAGGGACAGGCCGGGCUGGGCUGUCGACGCACACCGUAGGCUUGGUGCGGGUGGCAGGAACAGGCCGGGCUGGGCUGUCGACGCACACCGUAGGCUUGGUGCGUGGAGCAGGGACAGGCCGGGCUGGGCUGUCGACGCACACCGUAGGCUUGGUGCGUGGAGCAGGGACAGGCCGGACCGGGCUGGCGACGCACACCGUAGGCUUGGUGCGUGGAGCAGGGACAGGCCGGACUGGGCUGGCGACGCACACCGUAGGCUUGGUGCGUGGAGCAGGGACAGGCCGAACCGGGCUGUGGAGACGGAUAGGAGGCCUGGAGUGAAUAGCGGCCACCAUCCUGGCUGAAUGCCUACCCUCACACACUCUGUGUGAGGCAUCCGCACAGGACGUACAGGGCGGUGUACCCCUGGCCUGGUGGCCUUCUGGAUCCGCCCCCUCUUCUCCUCCGUCAGCCCCGUCGUCCAUGCCAUGUGCCCCCCCCUAAAAAUUUUCUGGGGUUGCCUCACGACCGUCCGACGACGACCCUAAUCACGCCGUAGCUCCUCUCUACGGCGCGCCUCCACCGUCUCACUCCAUGGCCGGCGAUCCAUCCCGGCCAGGAUUUCCUCCCAGGUCCAGGACCCCUGCCCGUCCAAGAUCUGCUCCCACGUCUAGGCUGCCUGCUCCUGGACACGCUGCUUGGUCUUGGUAUGGUGGGUUUUUCUGUCACGAUCGUUGACACAUGAUGAGGACCAAGGCGCAGCGUGAGAAACAAACAUGACUUUAAUUAGUUAAAGUUUCUAAACAAAACAAAACACGACUCGUGAAGUCCACGGUGACAAUGACCGAACACGGAACAAAAACCCACAAACCCAAAGUGAAACACAGACAGUUAAAUAUGGCUCCCAAUCAGAGACAACCAGCAAACAGCUGACACUCGUUGCCUCUGAUUGGGAGUCACUCAGUCAAACAUAGAAAAUGACGAACUAGAACACCCAACAUAGAAACAGAACACAUAGAAUGAACACACCCUGGCUCAACAUAAUGAGUCCCAGAGCCAGGGUGUGACAGGGGGUCAGUGAAAGUGCAGAAGAUAAGAAUAGGAGAUUCUGGUUUCUACAUCACAGUUCCAGUGGCCAGGUCAGAGAGUGGAGGGUAGCUUAGUGGUUAAGAGCGUUGUGCCAGUAACCGAAAGGUUGCUGGUUCUAAACCCCGAGCCGACUAGGUGAAAAAUCUGUCGAUGUGCCCUUGAGCAAGGCACUUAACCCUAAUUGCUCCUGUAAGUCGCUCUGGAUAAGAGCGUCUGCUAAAUGACUAAAAUGUAAAAUGAGUAUCUCCCUCUGUAAAUAUCAAUGUCAAGGAGGCUGUUGCCAAUGCCAAAAAUCUACUGGCUGUCAGGAGUGCCAUUCCAAACGCCGUCCAGAGCGUCUCUGACAUCAUCAGGCAGUACUACUCAUUCACAGACAAAGUACCGGCUCUCCUUCAACAUCUGUAAUCCACAGAUUUAUUUUCUGUCAUUUCAGAGGAGGACCUGGCGAAUAAAAUCAACUACGAACUACAGACUGUGUCAGAGGACCCUCGUCUGAUGGUCAAACUGACCCAAGAUCACCCAGUUAUCAUUGAGGAAGACUUUGAACCUGAGAACAUACCAGACAAUCCAGCAUUUCUCAGGAACCUGGUGGAUACAGUCUUCAAAGUACGCAUCUUAACUGGAAACACUGGUUAUCUCCGCUUCGACAAGUUUGGAGAUGUGUCAGUGAUGGCCAACUUAGGAGAGCAGAUUGCCCAAAAAAAUCUAGGAGCCCCUUAAAAACACAGAGAACCUCAUCAUCGAUCUGCGAUACAACACAGGUGGGUCCUCAGCUUCCAUGGGCAUUCUGCUCUCCUUCCUCCAAGACCCGUCACAACAGUUCCACUUCUUCACCAUAUAUGACAGGAUCCAGAACACCACCACUGAGUUUAAUAUUCUUUCCGGCCUCCCAGGCCCACCCUAUGGGUCUAAACGCGGAGUGUACAUCCUGACUAGUUACUACACUGCCGGUGCUGGGGAGGAAUUUGCUUAUCUGAUGCAGUCACUGCACCGUGGCACCCUCAUCGGGGAAAUCACAUCCGGGACAUUGUCAUCACCGUCCCCUUCAUAAACAUCAUAGAUAACAACAGGGAAUGCUGGCUAGGUGGAGGCGUGGUCCCUGACGCCAUAGUGCUUGCUGAGGAGGCCGUUGACCACACCCAUGAGAUCAUAGAGUUUCACAGGGAGGUUUGCUCACUGGUGGAGGGGACGGGAGAGCUCCUGGAAAUACACUACGCCAUCCCUGAGGUCGCCAACAAGGUCAGCAGAGUGCUGCUCAUUAAAUGGGUUGAGGGCUCGUAUCGAUCGGUGGUGGUGUCAUCCCAGCUGACAGCUGACCUCCAGGAGACGUCAGGCGACCACCGGCUGCACAUAUUCUACUGCGACGUCGAACCCGAGUGUCUGCAUGACAUGCCAAAAAUCCCGACAGCUGAGGAGGUGGGUUACAUCAUUGACGCGCUGUUCAAGAUCGAGGUGAUGCCCGGGAACGUGGGAUACUUCAGGUUCGACAUGAUGGCAGACAUAGAAGUGAUGAGAGCCAUCGGCCCUCAGCUGAUUAAACUGGUGUGGAGCAAGCUGGUGAACACGGACACAAUGAUCAUCGACAUGAGAUACAACACAGGUGUUAACACCACAGCCAUCCCACUCCUCUGUACCUACUUCUUCGAUGCUGAGCCCCUGAGGCACCUCUACACCGUCUUUGACCGCUCCACAACCACCAUGACCAAGGUCAUGACCCUGCCUCAGAUCCAGGGUCAGAGGUACGGCUCCACCAAGGAUAUCUACAUCCUCACUAGUCACAUGAUGGGGUCGGCUGCCGAGGCGUUCACGCGGACCAUGAAGGACCUUAACAGGGUGACGUGAUCGGGGAGCCGACCAUCGGAGGGUCCCUGUCCAGUGCCACCUACCAGAUAUGCCUCCAUACCUAACCAGGUGGUCCUGAGUGAUGUUACUGGAAAGGUGUGAAGUGUCUCCGGGGUCGAGCCACACGUUGCUGCCCAGGCAAAUGAAGGGGAAAUAGUUGUCAUGUUAUUGUUUCUCUUUCCUUUAAAUGUUUACUUUGUUUGUCCUGUAUUUGUGAAUUAUAUUUUUUGUUGUGUGUAAUUUUAACAGAAAUAUUAUUUAUUAAUUAUUAUUAUUUUUAUAUUAUAUUUAUAUUUAUUAAUUAUUUUUCUGAACUCUGACUUAUCUGUGGUAUAACAUAACCACCCCGAAGCUUGUAAAAAAAAAAAACAACAAUAAGGUUGACAGAAAACAGGAAAACUAUUUUGGUUAUCUUUUUGAAAGUCUUAAGGCACCUUUUGAAAGAUUUAUUUUUGCACAUGAUUAUAAAAUUAUGUAAUAAACAGAUCCCUGACUGUUGCAGGUCUGGAAUGAAAUGAGUUGCCUUCGAUGAAUUUGACUAAAACUCCUGUGUGUCAUUUUGUAUGAGAAAUUUGAUUAGAUUUACAAAUAAAUCCUCUUGUUCAUAUUUUAUGAAUAUUUUUGUCUCUCUUUGAUGUAGCUAACUCGCUGGGCUACAUGUGUGUUGGCUUAAAUAUGUGUGAGGAGAAAGGGUUGAUAUUUCAUUUCAUUAUACUAUCAUCAUGUAUGUAAUUUGAUUCAUGAAAAUACUUUAUACUUCUAUAUUAAUCUGUUAAUGCAUUUGUUAUUUGUCCUUUUUGUCAUUUGUCAAGUCAUGUAAUUUGUCAUGUUGCGAGUAAAACAUAAUAUUGCCAUAAUGUAGAAGAGUCUUCAGCCAGUCAGUAGAGGGAGCAGUACCCAUACAAACUGGUAGUGAACUACUGUACUCCAUUCUCCUACUGUGUAAUAGCAUCAAUAAAAUCCAUAUCAACUGAUUGUGAAUAGUGUCAUGACCAAAUAGAGGUCAUAUAGCUUCAGAAGAGGAAACACCCAUUAUCUAUUUUACACUGGUGUAGUAGGUUGAAUCUAACUGAAUGGCAAAUGUUAUUGCUUGCCUGUAAGUUUUCUUCCAUUUCUAAUCAACACUUGUUGAAUAAACUGUUGAAUAAACCUGUGAGUUAUUAUUACCUGAGAUGGAACUAUUCAGAGUUCAAUGUGAUAUUUAUAGACCAUAAUGCUUAGGGUCAGCCAACGGCACAUUAAGAGAGGGGAGGGGGGUAGAUGACUUUUAAAAUUCUAAGUUCUUUGUAUAAUGCUGAUUGAUCAUGUGCAGCAUGAGUGAGAGAUUAUAAGCCUAAGUAUGGUAUAAGGACCUUUUGUCAAAAUAUACAGUUACAGGUAACAUUACACUUCACAUCAACUUGCUGACCAACAGAAAGCCUAAUUUGAAGGUACAAAAAAAUAAUUUAUUAAUUUAGUUUAUUAAUUUAAUUUAUUAAUUAACGCUGAUCUUCAAUCAGUGAGCCUUAUUCAUCAAAUGAAAAAUAUGCACAACACAUACAGUGAUCUGAAUAUUUCUACCAAGCAUAAUCUUGUGUCUGAUAUCUGUGCCUAGUCAAACCUUACCUCACACGCAAAGCAACAAAUAUAUAUUUAUCAUCUACAUCUUGGGCAACAUGUUGCACCUACAUUGUUGCCUUGUUAUUGUCUUACCGAAGCACUCAAGAUAAUACGAUUAAAGGUUUAUGUUGAGGAAAAUCCUCUUAUGUGUGUGUUAACAGAAACCUUUCAGGAGGAACAGUCUCAUUUGACCAAGGACCACUUUGCAGACGGACAUUCCACCGCAGAGCGGCUACUACUGUGGUUUACUGCUAUCUAGAAACCCACCAAGAUGGCAAGGUAUCUCCUCUUGUUGGCAUCGGUGCUGGUCCUCAGCAAUGUUGCUGUCCACAGCACUUUCGCACCCGACCUGAUUAUCAGCAUGGCUAAAAUUCUCCUGGACAACUACUGCUCCCCGGAGAAACUGACUGGCAUGCAGGAGGCCAUUGACGCUGCGAGCAGCAACACAGAGAUCCUCAGCAUUCCCGACCCUGACACUCUCGCCUCCGUCCUGACCGGCGGGGUCCAGAGCACCAUCAAUGACCCCCGGCUGGUCAUCUCCCAUGAGCCCAACUACAUUCCUGCAGUGGCCCCUGCCCUGCCACCCCUGCCCCCGGACCAGCUCAUCGGUGUGCUCCAGAGCUCCAUUAAGCUGGAGGUCCUGGAGGGCAACAUCGGCUACCUGAGGAUCGACCACAUCAUCGGGGAGGAGUUGGCCGACAAGAUUGGCACCCUCCUUCUGGAGCUGGUCUGGAACAAGAUCCUGCCCACGUCCGCUCUGAUCUUUGACCUCCGCUACACAGGCAGCGGGGAUCUGUCGGGUAUCCCAUACAUUGUGUCUUAUUUCACUGACGCCGAACCUCUGAUUCACAUCGACAGUGUGUAUGACCGUCCCACUGACACCACCACCAAGCUGUGGUCCAUGCCCACACUGCUGGGCGAGAGGUACGGAACCAAGAAGCCUCUCGUCAUCCUGACCAGUGCAAACACCAAGGGAAUUGCAGAGGACGUUGCCUAUUGUCUGAAGAACCUCAAGAGGGCCACCAUCGUCGGGGAGAAAACCGCUGGCGGGUCUGUGAAAAUCGAUAAGAUCAAGGUUGGGGACACCGACUUCUAUGUCACAGUGCCCUCGGCUAAGUCCAUCAACCCCAUCACAGGGAAGUCCUGGGAGGUCACCGGCGUGAUGCCUGAUGUUGAGGUCGAUGCUGAAGAUGCCCUGGCCGCUGCCAUUAAGAUCAUUAACCUCCGUGCCGAGAUCCCUGCCAUUCUUGAGGCUACUGGCGCUCUGGUGGCCGACAACUACGCCUUUGAGAAUGUCGGAGCGGACGUUGCGGAGAAGCUGGCGGCAGCGAGCAGUGACUACAACAUGAUAUCUUCAAAGGUGGAGCUGGAGACUAAACUCUCCGCUGACCUCAUGACACUGUCCGGAGACAAGUGCCUGAAGACCACCCAUAACAUCCCAGCCCUGCCACCAAUGGUAAGAAAUUAAUGUUGUAUUGUAGCCUAUGUAAUACAUUUAGCUAUUGAGAAUUAUUUUAAGUGAAUCCAGAGAGCAACUUUUUUUAAAUGAAUAUUUUCCUGAAAUAAUUGUCUGUUGAAUUCAGUAGAACUACAGUAGAAUAACAUUGCUUAUCAAUUAUGGGGAAUAUUUUUGAGACAUGUAUGUUUAUUUCAGAACCCAUCUCCAGAGAUGUUUAUUGAGCUGAUCAAGGUUUCCUUCCACACGGAUCUGUUUGAGAACAACAUUGGCUACCUGCGCUUUGACAUGUUUGGUGACUUCGAGGAGGUUCAGGCCAUUGCCCAGAUCAUCGUGGAGCAUGUGUGGAACAAAGUUGUUAACACUGAUGCUCUGAUUGUUGAUCUCAGGUAGGACUUCUCUUCAUAGUGAAAAUCAAAGCUCAAAUUAUGAGCAUAGCAACAUAUUUAUGUUCACUAAGAUGAACAGAGUUAGAGAGUGGAUUACCAUUUAGUUGGAGUAAAUGGGGCCAGUUGAACCAUAGGGAAACAUUUUAUUUCCAAAAUGUUUAUCUUUCAUAUUGAAUGAGUUUGAAAAAUUGUUUUUGCAGGAACAACGUGGGCGGACCCACCACUGCCAUUGCAGGCUUCUGCUCCUACUUCUUUGAUGCAGACAAGCAGGUCUUGCUGGACAAACUGUAUGACAGACCCUCUGGCACCACUAAGGAGCUGUGGUCUCUGCCUGAGCUCACUGGUAAUAAACUUCCCAGUUUCAUGACGUGUAGGCUACUGUAUAAUGAGUUUAUCGAUUUGGCUAAAGCAGAAUAAAAUUGUGGGCUGUCAGCAGAAUAAAAAAUGUCAGGUAUAAAAAUGACUCGUCUUCUCUCUCAGGUGCAAGGUACGGCACCAAGAAGAGCCUGAUCAUCCUGACCAGCGGGGCCACGGCCGGCGCCGCCGAGGAGUUCGUCUACAUCAUGAAGAAGCAUGGCCGGGCCAUGAUCGUGGGCGAGACCACCAACGGCGCCUCCCACCCCCCUGAGACCUUCCGUGUGGGCGAGAGUGAAUUGUUCCUGAGCAUUCCCACCACCCAUUCAGACACAGCCCAGGGCCCCGCCUGGGAGGGGGCCGGGGUCACCCCUCACAUCCCUGUGCCAGCCGACGCAGCCCUGGACACCGCCAAGGGCAUCCUCAACAAGCACUUCGCCGGCACAAAGAAGUGAACUCCCUGACCGGGGAUGUUGGCAGCCAAAGGGGUUUAGGAUCUUACGUUCUCAGAGGAACUAAGUAUUUAGGGUACAGUUCAAUGCACUUCAUUGACCACUUAUAGGGAGCCAGCCUCUGCACCUAAGCCUUCUUUCUGUAGCCUGUUGUAGUGUUCUCAUUUUGCAAGAAUAUGCGAGAGAUUCUGAACAGGAUUGUGUUGGUUUUUACUUAUAGUUUUUACUUCUGAAAACUACUGUGAUUGUAGAAGGAUUUAAGAAAGUGUGAGUGAUUUUAAAUGCUAUACUGAAAUGUGACUCUUAAAGAAGUGGUUCAUAAACUAUGGAUGUGUUUGUGUUACUGAUCCACUAGCCCUUGGCCUUGGGGCAUAUGAUUUGUCAAAGCAGCUUCUAUUUUUGGCUGUCAAAAAUAAUGUGAAUUGUAAAUUGUGCAAGAACAUGAAAGCUGAAACUAGCUUAAAAAGGUGUAUUGAAUCAAAUGCUGAAACAUAUUUGUGUUUCCUAUGAUAUUCUUAUAUAAUUUCAAGUACCAUUGUUAGGACCUUCACAAACAAAUUGUUCUGUCUGUUGGGGGUGCAUUCUCAAAUUUGAUGCAGGGUCUUUUUGCUGUGUAUGGGAAGAAGUGUUGUGUCCAUACAUAGUGACUUGCCAUGUGAGGCAAUUUGGGUCGUAUCAAUUCCAAUGGUGGAACACAAUGAAGGCAUUGGGAACACAAGAAUAA